AUGGUCGACAUCGUCCCUCUGAGCUCCUACCCCUCCUACAUCGACCUUCUCCCCUCAAUCCAAACCUGCAACAUCACCAACCUGCCCGAGAACUACUUCCUGAAAUACUACCUCUAUCACGCGCUUACAUGGCCCCAACUAAGCUUUGUAGCGGUUGUGCGCCCCAAAGGCGGUUACAAGGCUGGUACUAGUAAAGCUGGCGCGGGUGAUUUGUCUGGAAACUACCCUAAGGUUGUGGGGUAUGUGCUUGCUAAGAUGGAGGAGGAGCCGACGGACGGAAUGCAGCAUGGACAUAUUACUAGUUUGAGUGUUAUGCGGACGCAUCGGAGGUUGGGAAUUGCGGAGCGAUUGAUGCGCAUGAGCCAAAAAGCUAUGGCUGAGUCGCACCGUGCGAACUAUGUUUCUCUGCAUGUCCGCAUGUCUAACGUGGCUGCGCUGCGUCUAUAUCGCGAUACCUUAGGCUUUGAGGUUGAGAAGGUGGAGAGCAAGUACUAUGCUGAUGGCGAGGAUGCUUAUGCUAUGCACUUGAAUCUGCAAAGUAUGUGGAUGGACUGGAAGGCCGUUGAAGCGCGGGACAAGGAAAACGAGAAGGACGACGAUGCACAGGAUGAGGGUGAUGCCGUUGGCGAUCUGGGCAAGAAGGACGACGCGAAGGACCAGGAGAAGAUGGUCAAGGUCAAGGUUGGACGUGGACUUGGUGUUGGCGAGCUGGUGGAAAGGAAUGAGUCUCAGCCAUCGUCAUAA